AUGAAGAUGAAGGAUACGAAAACCAUAGAUGAGUUCUCUGGUAAACUUGCUGAGAUAUCUUCCAAGUCUGCAGCUUUGGGUGAAGUUCUUGAUGAACCAAAGCUCGUAAAGAAAUUUCUAAGUAGCUUGCCGAAGAAGAAAUACAUUCAUAUCAUAGCUGCGCUUGAACAAGUCCUUAACCUAAACACAACAGGCUUUGAGGAUAUUGUGGGGAGGUUAAAGGCUUAUGAAGAAAGAGUUCAAGAUGAAGAUCAACAAGAUGACCAAGGGAAAGUACUCUUGUAUACUAAUACCGACUCUCAAGGGCAACAAGAAGGCUAUGGUAGAGGAAGAGGUCAAGGCGGUCGCUAUAACAAUAUGGGACGUGGAAGAGGACGUUAUAAUGGCGAUCGAUCUAACUGGAGACAAGGAGGUGACUGGACGCAAGGGAGAGAUGCCUCCAAAGUUGUUUGUUAUCGUUAUGAUAAAACAGGACACUAUGUCUAUGAUUGUCCCGACCGUUUGCUUAAACUUCGAGAAACGCAUGAGACAGAGAAUGAUAGCACACAUGAAGCUGAGGAGCUGAUGGUGCAUGAGUUGAUUUAUCUUAAUGAAGAGAAGGUAGUGCCAAGCAAGUUCGAGACACAAUCCGGAGCUGACAAUAUUUGGUACCUAGACAAUGGAGCUAGCAACCAUAUGACAGGGAAUCGAGACUAUUUCAAGAAUAUAGAUGAGUCUAUUACAGGGAAAGUUCGCUUUGGAGAUGACUCAAGGAUAGACAUCAAAGGAAAAGGAUCGGUUCUCUUCAUUACUGGCGAUGGGAAACGGAAAUCAUUGGCUGAUAUGUACUUUAUACCUGAGUUAAAGAGUAACAUAAUCUCUCUUGGCCAGGCAACAGAAUCUGGUUGUGAUAUCAGAAUGAGAGAUGAGUAUCUAACGCUUCAUGAUCGACAAGGAAACUUGCUAGUCAAAUCAGUAAGGUCAAAUAAUAGACUAUACAAAGUCGUGAUGGAGGUUGAAGGAGCAAAGUGUCUCCAACUUGAGAAGGUUAGUGAUUCUAUUUUGUGGCACGCAAGACUCGGACAUGUUGGUAUGGACUCUAUGAAAGCAAUGGUAAGCAAGGAGAUAAUUACAGGAAUGCCAAAGAUGAGUAUAUGA